AUGCGAGCAUAUAAUCCUCGAGCGUUGCGUUGGGCUACUCCCAUCCGCCCCCCACGGCCCCGAACGCGAACCGCAGGGCUCGAUAGUCUCUUUCACCGACGCCAUGUCCCGACACGCGAAACGCCGACUUCAAAUGGGACUGCCAUGCCCGUUCGGAGCUUCUCCAGCUCGAGACCGGCGCAAUUCAUGCUAGAUGCAGAUUCUACGAUCUACGCACUAUCAACGGCUCCCGGGAGAGCUGCGAUUGCCGUCGUGCGCGUAUCUGGUCCUGCAUGCGUCUCGAUCUAUAAUGGACUGUGUCCCCAAUCUCCACUACCAAACCCCCGCUUCGCAGCCCUGCGCACGCUCUACGACCCGACAAAGCCGCCUUCCGCAAAUACAGUCCUCGACGCCGGCGCUUUAGUCCUCUACUUCCCGGGCCCGAAAACCGUAACAGGUGAAGACGUCCUGGAACUGCAUAUCCACGGCGGCCCAGCAAUCGUCAAAGCCGUCCUGAGCGCCAUCGCAAAAUCAAGCACAGACCCCAACACCACCAUCCGAUACGCCGAACCAGGUGAAUUCACCCGCCGCGCCUUCGUGAACGACCGCCUCAGCUUACCGCAGAUCGAAGCGCUGGGCGAUACCCUCUCCGCGGACACGGAGCAGCAGCGACGGUUGGCUGUCCGCGGAUCCAGCGAUGCGCUGCUGAAGCGCUAUGAACUCUGGCGGCAGCAGCUUCUGUAUGCGCGCGGGGAAUUGGAGGCUUUGAUUGAUUUCUCUGAGGAUCAGCAUUUUGACGAGUCAACGGAGGAGCUGGUAUCUUCUGUUUCGGUGCAGGGGGAGUUGUUGAGGAAUGGGAUUCGGGUUGCGCUUUUGGGGGCUCCUAAUGCUGGCAAGAGCUCGUUGCUUAAUCGGAUUGUUGGGAAGGAGGCGGCUAUUGUGAGUACCGAGGAGGGGACGACGAGGGAUAUUGUUGAUGUUGGGGUUGAUCUUGGGGGUUGGUAUUGCAAGCUUGGUGAUAUGGCUGGGAUUCGGGCGGAGGGCGAUGCUGCGGGUCCUGCUGGACGGGGUGUUAUUGGUGACGUUGAGAAGGAGGGGAUACGGAGGGCCAGGGAGAGGGCUUUGGAGUCGGAUGUUGUUGUUGUCGUUGUCUCGCUCGAGGAGACUUCAAUAGGCCCGAGGCUUUUGGUCGAGCCGGAGGUUCUUGAUGCUGUCAAUGAUUGUGUCAAGGCGGACAAGUGUCUCGUCGUUGCGAUCAACAAAUGUGACAGACUGACCCCUGAUGAGAGGGGCAGUUCAAUUCCUCAAGUCUUGGAAGAGACAAUUUCUGACGUCUUCCCGGCCGUGCCUAGGGAACGAGUCUUUGCUAUUUCCUGCAAUGAAGCACAACAGGGGAUCUCACCGCUGAGCGAAACAGAUCCCGGCCAUCUACAGACAUUUCUACGUGGAAUGAUCUCGACUUUUGAACAGAUUGCCUCUCCGCUGGGCAUGGAGGGAGAUACCAGUGGCCAAUAUGAUAUUUCGUAUUGGGAAGAUUCAUUGGGGGUGACUCAUCGACAAAGCUCUAAUCUACAAAAAUGUCUCGACCACCUGGAAGAUUUCCUAUCCCAAACGUCCCCCUCCACCGACCCCGACGCAACCCCUCUUGAGCGUGGCUUUGCUGCCGAAGAGGCAGAAAUUGACAUUGUCACAGCGGCCGAACACCUGCGAUUUGCAGCGGAUAUGCUGGCGAAAAUCACCGGCAAGGGCGAGAGCGGAGAUGUUGAAGACGUGCUGGGGGUCGUGUUCGAGAAAUUUUGUGUCGGCAAGUAA